AUGAGUUAAACUCUUCGCAAAUUAGACGACCAAAGACGAAUGAAUAUCCACAAUGAUAAGCUUAAAAAUGUUAAAUCCACCCUUUCUCAAGGUGUGUCUAAGAAGACUCCAAAAGGAAACAAUUCAAUUCAAAAUCUCGUACAGAGCAGCUCUAACGGGAUUUUGCAUUGGACAGGUGGAGUUUAAAGCGCGCUCUAAAACGCACAUAAUGUUGAGCAACCAUAAAAAUCCUAGCUAUUUCCUUUUAACAUCACAAAGUACUAGCAAGCAAAUCAGUAUCUUGACUCCUAGGCUUACCUCGAUUCGUAAACAAUAAUUCAGGAGAAUGAAAGCCAAGAAUCAGUGGAUAUUUAUCAUAAACCAGUAUUUAAACUCCUCAAGGGCUUCAAGUUACAGCAAUAUGCCAUGAAAAUGUCAGACUUGGGAUAUGGGGAAGAUAUUUACAAAUUAGCUUUGAUUACUCCUAGAUAGAGAGAAGAUAUUGUUGAAAAAUUAUAGCCACUUCCAGGGCAUAAAUAAAAAUUAGUAGAGUUCUUCAAAAUCAUUGAAAAUUUGUUCCCAAAAUCUACAGUAUCAAAGACUAUAGAGAAUGCUAUUAAGGGUGAGGCAAGCAUGUCAUUUGAAUUAAAGCAAGCUGCAACAAAGUCCUAACAGAACCUUAAAUCAGCGAAAUCUUAAAGCAGGCAAUAGACCAGGAAUAAAAACUUAUCACCAAUUGAGUAGGCAAGGACAAAUAAUCUUAUAGGGAAUCACCAUCAUCCAAAUCUUCAAGGUACUAUUGAGGAACCAUAAAGAAAUAGAAGUAACUCGAAAAGUGAAACAUUUCUUUUCAAUGUGAAGGCAAGAAGAAACUAAAUUACAGUGUAAGAUAUCUUAAAGGAAUACUACAAUGGCUCAGAUGAAAAGAAGGAAAAGAAAAAGGCCAUUAAUAAAAUAUUUCCUCCAAAGCAAUUCGGUCUUCACAAAAAUUAAUCCAGGAAGAAUGUAUAAGGCAUAAAAGAUUAAAAGAAGCCAAUAAUGGCAAUCCAUAACCCUCAUGCUUAACAAAAUUAAAUUCAGCAUCAUUAACCAAGCCAAAAAACUAUGGAUUAGAUUUACUAAAAGUAUAAAGGAUUGAGCAAUAAGAGUCUUCUAGAAAGAGCUCAAUAGACUGCUGAUAGCACAGUCGAUGUGAUAAAGAAACAUAAUUUCUAGAUUUAAAAACCAUUUCCUUCAGUAAACAAGCAGAGAAUAACUUCUUAGCCAAGACAUUUAACUAAAACUGAGAAUAGUAUGAUAGGAUCUGUCGCAUCAACUAACCAGCUAUAGUUGAAUCACAAUCCAAAUUCAUUCAAUCUUGAGCAGUUCAAAAUCAACUACGAGACUCCAGAUAAAUAAGGUAAGCCUCCUGCUUAAAGAAUAAGAAGUGCUGCUUCAUAAAAGAAAAAGAAGAAGACAAGCUAGGAAAAAGUUAUUGAGAAGAAGAACUCGAAUGAAAAAAUAGAGGACUUGAAAAAGAAGACCGACAGAGUGAUACAACCUAAACCAAGAAUGUCUUUUGGGCAAAAAUCUGGAAGCAGAGAGCUUAACAAAGUAAAUAAGUCUAGUGAGAAAGUCGAGAAAAAGUAAAAGAGCGUAGAAAGACUGCCUAAUAUCGAUAAAAAAUCUAAUCAUCCAUCUAAAAAUAGAUCCAUUGAUUACAAUAAUUCCAGGCCAACUUCAUAGAGAAUCGGAUCAGUAAAUUAGAGCUAAGUCUUCAAUAAUUCAGAUAGCACUUAGGAAAAUCCUGAAAGUAUCACUAUUAGUGCUAAGGAUGAUUACUCCAAGAAUUAUCAUUCCGAAACUACCUAAUAAAACAAUCCAUUCUAAAUCAAAGACUUUGACUAUAAUGAAUUACUCAAUAUGCAAGAUUAAAAUCAGUUUAGAUUUAUCAGGCCUCAAGAUUGGACUCCUUUAAUAGAUAAAUAAGAUAGGACAGAUGCAGUUAAUUAUGGAUUCAGUUUUGGGUCGAAGAAAGUUAAUAUGGGCCCUGCUUUCUUAAAUCUAAAAGUCAUGUGCAAAUGCCUAGCCAAGGCCAUAAUGAAGCAUCUAUAAUUCUCGAAGGGAAAAUAUCUAUUCUUAGAGGAUCUUUAACAUUCAAAUCAAGACAUCGAUGUAGAAUUUAGUUAUAAGUUUAGUAAAAACUUAAAGCUUGGAUAAGUCCAUAGUCCUAAGUCUAGCUAGGAGGACUCUAAAAGAAGCAAUGCUGAAAAUUUCAAAGAAAUUGAAAGCAAUUUGAGAAAAUAAAUACAGCAUACCAUCGAUCAAGAUGACAUUGAAGAAGAUUUGGAGAGAGAUGAAGAUGAAUUUGAUUUUGAAGAGGAGAAAUAAAUUGAAAGUAUUAGGGGCGAAGAACUUAGAAAGAGCAUUCUCUAAAAAGAAGAAGAUAGACUUGCUGAUUAUCUUAAAAAGAAAUAAGGUAGCUUAUAUAUUAAUUUAUCUUUUUUAGAACUCGAAUAAAGGCUUAAGGAAAAAGAGAGCAGAAUCUAAGAGAUCAAUGGAGCAAUUAAAAUCUUUGAAAAAUAAAAUGAUCGUGGGGAAUUAGAACAAGUUAUGGCUAUUUCACCUUCAAUUGAUGAUAAUGAUGACGAUGAGCCAUUCAAGCCUAUGAAAAUGAAUAGAGCUGACUUUAUAAUGGCUUAGGUAGAUCUCGACAUUAUCGAGAGUCAUGGAAGCCAAGAGCUCUCUACUUAAAAAUUCAAAUUCAAUAAUCAGAAAAAUCCUUAACACACUCAUGUUGAGAAUAGCCUGGGUUCAAAUUUCAGUUAGUAAAAUAACGUAUCAUAAAGACUUUAAUCACAAUAUAACGACUCAGGAAAGCCUCCUAAGCCAACAAUCAGUAAUAAAAAGCCACAUGACUCAUAGGCAUCAUUUGAAAGCUAAAUGAAUGUCCCUCGAUUAACAAAAGAGAAAAUGAAGGCAUUUAUAGAAGAAUCUAUGAAGAUUUUCAGUGAGAAAUAUGAUUUUAACAAGGAACGAUACGAUAACAGAAUUAAAAUUUCCUUUCCUACAGAAUAUGAGAUCUAAGAAUAUUGCAAGUACGUAACAGCCAGUAGUAAAAUGGAAAAUGAAAUUCCAAUUAUUUGCUUGGUUUACUUGGAGAGACUAAUUACCAAAACUGGCAUUCUACUUACAUCUGAAAACUGGAAAAGACUAACUUUGAUUGCUCUUUGUAUUGGAAGUAAAAUUUGGGACGAUGACUCUCUAGAAAACGUUCAUUUCCCCAAAGUCAUGUCUGAUGUAAGCCUAAAAAUGAUAAACUAGCUAGAGCAUAACUUUGUGGAAUUCCUUGAUUAUGAUCUUGUGGUCAAAGGCAGUGAAUAUGCUAAAUAUUACUUUAUUCUGAGAACUCUUGCUGACGAACUCAAGAGUGAAACUCCAUUGAUUUAAAAGACUAAGGCAAUGGCUGACAGUGAAAUCUAAUAAUAGCCAGAGUGGAAUGAAUUUCCAUUGAAAGGAUUGAUCCCUGCAGAAAAGAUGAUAGAACUCCAAAGAAACUCUGCUAAAGCUGAAAUCAUGCUCAAAGAGAGGCAUGAGAAAGAUUAGAGUAGAGGAUUUUCUUAUCCCUUUGAUAAAACCUUCUGA